CUGUUUCUGAACAUCUACCUCUUUGCUCAGUUGAGCAUGCAAAGAAAAUCUCAUAUGUUUUGUGUGGGAUAUUUCAUUUUCUUUUCUGGAAACAGACGAUGCCAUGCGCUCCUUUGCAGAGAUGGUCUUUGCCUCAGAGGUGAAGGAUGAAGGAGAACGCCAUGAAAUCUCUCCUUUUGAUGUGGCAGAUAUCUGUCCCAUCUCACAUCACGAAAUGCAAGACCACAUGAUCAAGCAGGAGAACACAAGUGUUUCUGAUAAAGAGUGAGUAUUGGCCAUCUCUUCUGAAAAGCUUUUGCGGCUGAAAACCAUUGCAUUGGUUGUUCCUAUGCUGCACCUCUUCAACAAACUGUCCACUUUAGAUGAGGUCAUCUCUACUACUGCUAUGUAUGAAGAUGUACCCAAAUUUCAGCGUGUGCAGAUCACAGGGGAUUAUGCUGCAGGGGUAUCUGUGGAGGACUUUGAAUUAGUCUGCCAGGGUCUGUAUCGUGCCGUAUGCAUCCGAGAAAAGAAUAUGAUGAAAUCUUAUCAGCGAUUCCCUAAGACUCUCCAGUUCUUACGCACAAUUGAAAAUGAAGUAUGGAAGCCCAAUGAAGAGAUGUGGCCAGCUCUUUGGCGAUCUGAUAAUCUUCCCGAGAACUGACUACCAUACAGAAAUGAGGAAGGGGUGGUAUAUGUCUAUGCUGACAAAAAAUGCUGCGCCAGGGGUGAGCCAUGGACCUGUCCUUCCUACCUGGAGGUCUUUGUUGAUGACAUGAACUUCCUACUUGCCCUUAUAGCAAAGGGGCCUGUUAAAACCUAUACCCACCGAAGACUUCGUUUCCUCUCCCUCCAAGUCAAUGUACAUGAGAUGUUAAAUGAGAUGGAAGAAUUGAAGGAGCUGAAAAACAAUCCCCAUCGGGACUUCUAUAAUUGUCGGAAGGUAGAUACACAUAUCCAUGCUGCAGCUUGCAUGAAUCAAAAGCAUCUAUUACGAUUUAUUAAGAAGUCAUACCGGAUAGAUGCUGAAAUGGUAUACAAAUCCAAGGAUGAAACACUGACACUGAGGCAGCUCUUUGAGAAGCUCAAUCUUCACCCCUCUGAUCUGACUGGUGAUUCACUUGAUGUGCAUGCAGGCCGCCAGACCUUCCACACGCUUUGAUAAGUUCAAUGCCAGUAUAACCCCGUAGGGGCUAGUGAAUUGCGUGAUCUCUACCUGAAGACUGAAAAGUCUCGUGGCGAGUAUUUUGCUACCAUCAUUAGGUUAGAUAUUGGCUCUGAUCUAGAGGAUGCCAACUACCAAUAUGCAGAACCACGACUUUCCAUCUAUGGAUGCUCACCAAAGAAUGGCCCAAAUUAGCCUAAAUGGUUCACCAAACAUCGUGUAUAUUCGCCCAAUAUGAGAUGGAUGAUCCAGGUACCCAGAAUUUACUGCUUGCUGGUUAUUGCCAAUUCUCAGGAUGCCAAGGAAACUCUAGAUCCCAAUGGGCAAAGAACUUUCUACCAAAACUUUGGGAAGAUGCUGGAGAACAUUUUCCUGCCUGUGUUUCAAGCAACAAUCAAUCCCCAAGACAAUAAGGAACUGAGCGUUUUCCUACGUUAUGUUACAGGUUUUGAUAGUGUAGAUGAUGAGUCCAAACAUAGUGGGCACAUGUUUUCUACCAAGAGUCCCAAGCCUGAGGAGUGGAACCAUGAAAAGAAUCCAUCCUAUACAUAUUUGUAUUAUAUGUAUGCCAACAUUCUGGUGCUGAAUCAUCUUCGACGGAAGCGUGGUAUGAAUACCUUCCUAUUCCGUCCCCACUGUGGAGAAGCUGGUUCUCUUACCCACCUCCUGGCUGCCUUCAUGACUGCAGAUAAUAUUUCUCAUGGCUUGAACCUGAUGAAGAGUCCUGUGCUGCAGUAUCUCUACUUCUUAACCCAAAUCCCAAUUGCCAUGUCCCCACUCAGCAACAACAGUCUCUUCCUAGAGUAUGCCAAAAACCCACUUCUUGAUUUCCAUCAGAAGGGACUGAUGGUAUCUCUCUCCACUGAUGACCCCAUGCAAUUCCACUACACCAAGGAGCCUCUGAUGGAAGAAUAUGCAAUUGCUGCUCAAGUCUUCAAGCUGAGCACCUGUGAUAUGUGUGAGAUUGCACGCAACAGUGUCCUGCAGUGUGGCCUAUCUCAUGAGGAAAAGCUUCAUAUUUUGGGCAACUAUCAUGAAGAUGGGCCACAGGGUAAUAACAUCUCCAAGACCAAUGUGGCGCAGAUCCGGAUGGCCUACCGCUAUGAAACAUUGUGCUAUGAGCUUGAUCUUAUGGCUGAGGGGCUGAAAUCACCUGACUAAGUUGGAGCAUCUGGUAUAUCAACUGUUGGAACCAUGGAGCCGGCUGGAGCCAGAAAAAUAACAUUGCUAUUUAACAUUAGUCAGUUAUGGGCAGGAGAGAUAGCUCUGACCAUAUUAUUUCAGCUUACAUUAUAGUUUCAAAACAAGAAAAGAAAUACAGCAUGUUUCCUAA